GUUUGUUUGCAGGCUGACGUCGUCCGCCUAUAUAAAGUGCUCGGCAAAUUAGGGUUUUAGAGUCCCAGUUUACGAGAUCCCAUCGUCUUCUCUGCGUAGCUCCAGCAGGAAAAUGUCGAUCGGAGAAGUAGCCUGCACUUACGCCAUUCUGAUUCUCCACGAAGAAGGCAUCCCCGUCACUGCGGAGAAAAUUGCUACCGUUGUAAAGGCGGCCGACGUUCAGGUGGAGUCGUACUGGCCCGGCCUCUUCGCCAAGCUCUGCGCGAAGAAGAACAUUGAUGACCUCAUCUUGAACGUUGGCGGUGGUGGUGGUGGUGCGGCCCCCGUUGCCGUUGCUGCCCCCUCUGCUGGCGGCGCCGCUGCUGCUCCUGCCGCUGAAGAGAAGAAGAAGGAGGUCGUUGAAGAAGAGAGUGAUGAGGAAUAUGGAAUGAACUUGUUUGAUGAUUAGAGUUUUAAAGUUGUUUUGUAAUGUUAGAUUUUUGCUCUGCAUACCUUUUCUUUUUGUCAAAUCUAUUUUGCUCUUCACUUGGGGCAAACUUUUGUACCCUAUCAUGGUUGAAUUUUAUGCCAAUGUUUCAGUGAUUCUACUAAUUUAAUGAUUAAAAUUGGUUGCUUUUAUUUUAUCUGGAAUUGAGAAUCAUAUAGCGCAUUGUUUACUGUAUUCUAAUGUUUCGUUUUGUAUUCCUUAUGGUUGCUUAUUUGUUUUUUCUUGAGUUUGAGUUUGUUAUGUGCACAAAGUUGAUCUAGUUAAAUCUAU